CUUUAAAAGUAUAUUCAUGUAAUUGAAGAAUAUUUUGUAUGUACCAGUGUGGCUACACGCCUGUUUUUAUCGUUAUUAUUAUUAUUAGUCUGUAUAGUUUUAGUUUAAUUUAAAUUCUAGAAUUUUCCUUCUUUCCGAUUUCUGUGUUCCUUUGUCUCGGACUUCUGAGAACUCGCCUCACCUCUAACCCAUCAGGAGGUAGCGUUAGAACAAAAGGAGAAAACGAGGCUGGAGGGGAAAAGGAAGAGUUUCUAGAAGCAUUCUUAGACCGGACUCGGAGAGAGACAGACGAGUGGCAGCAGGUUCUUGAAAAGAAAAUCGAGGAGCGCUGCAGAAGGAGGCCGUAAGAAGCGGAUCGGUAGAAGAAUCCGGUCGACGAUUAUAGAGAAAAAACCCCAAAAUGGACCCAAAUUGUUCUAAAAGGAGAACAGAUGAGAAAGAGAAGCCGAGACGAGGAACGGUGGAGAACCAACUGGAAAAUUGGGAACAUCAAGGAGAAGGAGUAGAACAAAUGAGAGAAGAACUUGAAGCUUUACAAGAAGAAAAUUUAUCUUUAAAAGAACGUUUAGUUGAAAUGGGAGUAGGUUUGCCAGUUGAACAAGCUGCUCUUUCAGACACAGAAAAAGAACAAUUGUUGUUACGAAAAUCUGGAUCUAUUACAAGUCUUGACACUGAAAAGAAGGAUACGGAUGAGAUUAAUCCUUUAUCGAAUGAAAGUUUAAAUGAAAAAUUACCAAACUUAGAAAUGGGAGAGGCUUCAGGUGUUUCACUUCCUCGUCCACUCUCUGAAUGGGAUAAAGCAAGCAGUAGCAGUUUAAGUGAAAUGUCCAUGGCUUGCCUUCAAGACAGAAUUAUGCAAAUGGAAGAAACACAUUACAGCACAAAUGAAGAACUUCAGGCAACAUUACAAGAAUUAACUGAUCUACAAGAUCAGUUAACAGAUCUUCAACUUGAAAAUGAAAGAAUGAGUGAUGAAAAAGCUGUACUCUUAGAAUCUCUUUGUUCCCAAACAGAGAAAUUAGAGGAGUGUCGUACUCAAAUUACUCAGUUGAAACAACUGUUAUUCCAACAGUAUGAAGAAGGUGGAGAUGUUGUUUCAAAUGCUUCAGAACGUGAACAUCAUCUUGUGGAUUUGUUGAAAAAUUCACACGAAGAGCGCGAGAUGUUGUUAAUGAAGCAAGAAGAAUUAUCAUCCACUAUACAGGCAGCCAAAGAAGAAGCAAUGGGUUAUCAGACAGAAUUAGUAAUGCUUCGGGAUCGUGUUCGUUUAUUGGAAUCGACAGUUGAAAGUAUUAAUGCAGAUAAAAAAUUGUUGGAUAGACAAAACAUCGAAAAUCAAGAACAACUAUCAGCUAAUCAAAUAGAAGUUUCACAGCUUAAAUUACAAUUAGAAAAUGAACAACAAAAAGUAUCGGAAUUACAAAGAGAGAGAGAAGCAAAUGCUACAUCAGAACUUGAUAAUUUAUUAAGUGAAGCCAGAAGAGAUAAAGAAAAAAUUGAGGCAAAAGCAAUGCGGCUUCAAGAGCAAUUAGCACUGAGUCAAAGAGAAACUUCUAGAUUAAAGGAAAAGUUAAAUCAGAUACAAGAAGAAAAUAUGGUUACUAAAAACAAUGCUCAUAAGCAACUAUCAGACUUGGAAUAUCGUAUUGAGCAACUAGAAACUGAAAAACUUCAAAUUCAAAGAGAUAUGGAGAUUUUAGAAGAUGCUUUACAUCAAGCAGAAUUAAAAUGUCAAAGACACUUAGAAGAUAAACGAGAAUUGAAAGCAACUGUAGGAGAAUUACAAAAAACAGUGAAUGAAACAACUUCCCAACUGAAAGAAGUACAGAAAGAACUUGAUGAAUUUAAAGAAAAACAUUGCACUGAGAUACAAGAGUGGCAGCGCUUCCAAGCUGAUUUAUUGACAACUGUUAGAGUAGCUAAUGAUUUUAAAACUGAAGCUCAGCAGGAUGUAGAGCGAUUAGCAGUAGAAAAUAAACAGUUAAAAGAGAAGAUUGAAAGUUUAGAAUCAGAAUAUGAGAAAUUAAAAGUCAAAAAGGAACUAUUAUCAUCAUCACACCAAAGGAAUAUCAGUUUACGUAACACAAAUAUUAUAAAUCCUCCAGACGUAAGUGUGUUGACAUCUGUUGAAAAAGAUUUAGUAUCAACACGUCGUCAGUUGAAUUCCACAAAAUGGGGAGAACAUAGAGGUGCUACUCAGAUGUCAGUGAAAAGUUUAAUUGAAUCAAUAGAAAAUGCAACAAAACAUGCUAAAGGUCCGAGUAGUAGCCAUAGUUCAUCAACCAGUAGUGUAGGUAGUACUUCUUCAGAAACUCGUACUACUACAAAUUCAAUUUUAUUAGGUAGUGGAAGUAAUAUUUUUAUUAAGCCUCCUUUGCGUUCUGCUUCAAGUGAUGCUUCUUUACUUCGUGAUACUAAAACAAGUAGUCAGUCAGGUAGAUUACAAAGAAAUUCAUAUAAUGAAGGAAAAUCAAAUGGAAUUGCUUCUACUUUAACUUCAGAGCCAGUUAGUGGUCUGAAGACAAAUGGUGAGAUAGAAACUAGUAAGCCUCCACCAGCUCAUCCUGUUUCAAUUCUUGCUAGUAAAUUAGAACCCAUGAGAAGAAACAGUUAUGGGGAUGUAGAAAAAAAAGAUCCAUUAUCAUCAUUAGUAAAAGGUGGUGGCUCUAAACGCAAUGCUCUUCUGAAAUGGUGCCAGAAUAAAACUAUGGGAUAUAAGGGUAUAGAUAUUACUAAUUUUAGCAGUAGCUGGAAUGAUGGACUGGCAUUCUGUGCUCUCUUACAUUCAUAUCUUCCUGAUCUAAUUCCAUAUAAUGAACUGGAUGGUAAAGAUAAGAGACGAAAUUUUACUAUUGCAUUUCAAGCUGCUGAAUCUGUAGGAAUUUCAACAACGCUGAAUAUAAAUGAACUGAUAUCUCAAGAACGCCCAGAUUGGCAGUCAAUAAUGACCUAUGUUACAUCUUUGUACAAGCACUUUGAAACUUAAUUCCUAUGUCAAAUUUUCAAAUGUAUAUAAUUAAGAACUGAAAUAUAUUUAACAAAUAUUGCUUUUGUUUCCACAAUAGUCUGCAUGAAAUUAUCGAACAGACUAUAAUGAAUAACUUGAGUUUAUGGACCAAAUUAACAAAGGUCCUUAAUACAGUUGAGAGAGCUCGUCAGUUGUCUAUUGUAUAAAUGAAUUAAAAACAUUAUAUUAUGCUCAUUGGAUAAUCUAGUCACGGUUAAAAAUGAAAAUGUUCAAGAAUGGGUGUUGUGGAAUAUUGAUCAGUACAUUGUAAUUGUUAUAUGAGUAAAAUAUUGUCAGUUAGUUCUUCAUAAUGUAAUGCUGUUUUUUUGUUAACAAAGGAAAUUUUACUGUGGAAGUAUCCUGUUAAGGCACUGAUUUGCAUGUUGGAUACGUCAUUUUUGAUUUGCGUAUUGUUCUUAUGCAUACUCGAAA